AUGCAAAAAUAGUAAACCAUUGCUGUUGUACGGGCUCCUUCUGGAAUUACAAAAUAGCCAUUCAAAUCCAUAGCCACAAUUAAAUAAGCACCUCUAUAAAGAGUCAAUUCUGCAGGAUUCAUGGGUGGAAAAAUUUAAUCUAAUUUCUAUUAGAAACCUAUUACUCCCUUUAAAUAAACCCAUAAUUAUAGGUAGGAUUGGAAAAAUUAUUUAUAUUCAUUCCCUCGCAUACCAAGAAUCAAGAUUUUGGCUCCUAACACUGGUUAUGAUGCAAAAAUGAUUAAAUGA